AUGAGGAUUGGAAUACUUUGGUUGGUUCAGAAACGGAGGAGGAAUAUUGGCAUUGAUAGGUUUGUGGCCGCAUGGACAGACACUUGUAUGCAUCUUGGAUCGAUGACCUCAAAUAGAGCAGAAAGUGCACAUGCAAAGUUGAAGCGACAACCCCGCUCAAGCCAACUUAACUUUGAGAGAUCAUGGGUUCAGGCAUCCAGAGUUGAGAGAGUUAGUAGGUUUUGUUUCUAUAAAGGCUUUGAGUGUAAUUGUGUGCGAGUCAGAAAGAGACAGAUGGGGUGGAUGCUUUAUCAUGUGAUUGUGCUAUUCGUCGAACCCACCAAUUACCAUGUGCACAUGAAAUUACGGAGUAUAGAAAGCGUGGUGUACCAAUACCACUUGAUGUCGUGCAUUCACAUUGGAGGAAAUUAG